UAGGGGGAAAGAGACUAAGAUGGGGGUGGACUGGGACCUCUCGGGGAGAGCUAGGGUCUAAGGUUCUUCUCAGGAAAUGAACGGUGGCACAGCUGUGCCCCACUUUCCCCGUCUGCCCCGAAGCCAUCACGCCGGUCCUUACAGCCUCUCGUCUGUUCAGUGUUUCACUUGGUUUCCUAGUGCCUUCCCCAGGUCUCCCUGAACCGGAUCACUAAAACCAGAACCCUCCUGCUCUCUCCCAUCAGAGGGAAACUGAGGCUCUGGGCCAGGGGAGGAGACCCAAAGUCUCCUAGUGAGGUCGGCUAGCCUAUUUAAGGUCUGGCUUCCCCCCCUCACGACCUCUGUUUCCAGGCUCCCUACCUCUGUCCUCCUCCUUCCCACCCACCUCCCUCCAAUAUCUCCGCCUCAGGGGCUUCUGGACCUUCCCUUCUAUUUCCAGAUACUACCACUUUCCCCUCUUUCUCUCCUGCUCAAACUCUCCUCCUUCUCCCUAGCUCCCCCUCUUUCCAUUUCUGGAUGCUUCUGAUGUCAGUGGCUUCCCCGCCUUCAGGUUCCCUAGCUACACCCCCCCNCCCCCCCAGUCUCAGUCUCCUCUCUCCCAUUUUCCUUAGGUAGCUGAAGGGGUGAAAAGCCAGGCUUAGAUAGGUAGGCUGAGCACAAAGACCACAAAGUCCAGGAGAAUGGCAUGCAGGAGAAGGGCUCCCGCUUUAAUGUGAGUCCCCAUCAGCAACUGGAGAGAGACCUGGGGACAUGGAGACAGGAGUGGGCAGUUCUGAGCAUGGGCUAUUAUAAGCACAAAACUUGGAAUUCCAAAGCAGGGAGACAAGAAAUGGAGACCGGAAGCCUUUCCAUGUGUCCUGCAAGUAGAUGAGGUCUUAUGCCUUGUGGCUUGUCCAGGUGACUGAGCUCCGCCCCUGUGCACCAAGACACCCACCCCACCCCCCACUGGUCAAGCCUCGCUGGAGAAAGAGAUCUGGAAGUCCCAGCAUGAGAAUUAGAGCUGCCCAGUCAGCUUCAUAGAUGGGGAAGCGGCCUGCUUGCCUCCCCCAUCAAUUACAGGGAUAACUGAGAAAAAGCCCCACCCAAUAUGGAGGCCGAGGACUACCGCCUCUAUUAAUUCUCUGCCUUCUCCCCUGCCCUGUCCACCUGGCCUUAGCUGGGUCACUCAUGCAAUGCUGAGAAGUAAGGAAGACUUGGGGUCAGCUUGCCUGACUACAGGGCAAGGACUGUGGGCAUCAUGGGGGUGUGUGUGAACGGGGCUCCAGGGUGAGACCUAGCCCCCGCCCCCAGGAAUUUAAGGGGGUGGGGGUGGGGCCGAGGAUAGAAUGGCUCGGGGUGGGUUAGGGGCAGAAGAGGCCUCCCUACGCUCAAACGCAUUGUCCUGGCUGGCCUGUGGGCUCCUGGCCCUGCUGGCCAAUGCCUGGAUCAUCCUUAGCAUCUCGGCCAAACAGCAGAAGCACAAGCCGCUGGAGUUACUGCUCUGCUUUCUGGCCGGUACACAUAUACUCAUGGCGGCUGUGCCCCUCACCACCUUUGCUGUGGUGCAGCUCCGGCGUCAGGCUUCCUCUGACUAUGACUGGAACGAGAGCAUCUGCAAGGUCUUUGUGUCCACCUACUACACGCUGGCCCUGGCCACCUGCUUCACGGUCGCCUCGCUCUCCUACCAUCGUAUGUGGAUGGUGCGCUGGCCCGUCAACUACCGCCUCAGCAACGCCAAGAAGCAGGCGCUGCAUGCCGUCAUGGGUAUCUGGAUGGUCAGCUUCAUCCUCUCCACGCUGCCCUCCAUCGGCUGGCACAACAACGGGGAGCGCUACUACGCCCGAGGCUGCCAGUUCAUAGUCUCCAAGAUCGGCCUGGGUUUUGGUGUCUGCUUCAGCCUCUUGCUUCUUGGGGGCAUUGUCAUGGGGUUGGUCUGUGUGGCUAUCACAUUCUAUCAGACACUGUGGGCCCGGCCCCGGAGGGCUCGGCAGGCCCGGAGAGCGGGGGGCAGUGUCGGAGCCAAAGCUGGGGGGCUGGGGGGGCUGGGUACCCGACCAGCUUUUGAGGUGCCAGCCAUUGUGGUGGAGGAUACUCGAGGGAAGCGGAGGUCCUCGCUGGAUGGCUCUGAAUCUGCCAAGACAUCCUUGCAGGUCACCAACUUGGUCAGCGCCAUCGUCUUUCUCUAUGACUCACUCACGGGGGUGCCCAUCUUGGUGGUGAGCUUCUUCUCCUUGAAGUCAGACUCAGCUCCACCAUGGAUGGUGCUGGCAGUGCUGUGGUGUUCCAUGGCACAGACGCUGCUCCUGCCCUCCUUCAUCUGGUCCUGUGAGCGCUACCGUGCAGAUGUGCGCACAGUGUGGGAGCAGUGUGUGGCGAUCAUGUCCGAGGAUGAUGGUGAUGACGAUGGCGCCUGUGACGACUACACAGAUGGCCGAGUGUGCAAAAUUCGCUUUGAUGCUAACGGGGCCACAGGGUCGGGGAGUCGGGACCCCACCCAGGUGAAGCUGCUGCCCGGGCGGCACAUGCUCUUCCCUCCGCUGGAGAGAGUACACUACUUACAGGUCCCUUUGUCCCGACGAUUAUCCCAUGAUGAAACCAACAUCUUUUCUACUCCUCGAGCACCAGGCUCCUUCCUGCACAAGUGGUCAUCAUCGGAUGAUAUCCGGAUCCUCCCAGCCCAGAGCCGAGCCCUCGGAGGCCCUCCAGAAUACCUGGGACAGAGACACAGGCUGGAGGAUGAGGAGGAUGAGGAAGAGGCUGAAGGCGGGGGUUUAGCUAGCCUUCGCCAGUUUCUAGAAAGUGGGGUUCUGGGGUCAGGUGGGGGACCCCCACGAGGUCCUGGUUUCUUCCGGGAGGAGAUCACCACCUUCAUCGAUGAGACACCUCUGCCUUCUCCAACUGCGUCACCAGGACCCUCUCCUCGUAGGCCUAGGCCGCUGGGUUUUUCACCUCGACGGCUCUCCCUUGGGUCUCCGGAUAGCCGAGCCGUUGGACUUCCUUUGGGGUUAAGUGCAGGAAGACGCUGUUCCCUGACCGGGGGCGAAGGGAGUUCAAGGGCUUGGGGAAGACCCUGGGGGCCAGGCAACCCCAUCUUCCCCCAGUUGACCCUGUGAGGCCGCUUGGGCCUGCAUCACUCUGGGGGUGGGGGAACGGGCGAGUGAGUAUGCCUCAUCCUGGCCCUGAGUCUAUGGGAGCUGCCUCCAGGGAGAUGGGAGGCUACAUCCGGGCUCUAGAGCCCCAGCUCUCUCCCAUCCAAGUGACCAGAUACCCAACUCACCCGUCUUCACCCCUAGCAAAAUGUAUUAAAAGGCUGAGUUGCCGUGGAAACCUUGGUGUU